CGGAGAACUAGAACACCAUGGCAACGCUUGUAAGCAACAUACCACGAUACAUAUGUUUGCUCCGUGGCUGAUCCUUACCCUCCACUGUCAGCCGGGUUUGGAGUACGCACAUCUACAGCAGUAUCGUGUAUCACUUAUUUUGCAGCCCACUAAACAAACGAUGGACAUUAAGGAUAGUAGUGAGGACGAUGAAGCACAAAAUAUAUCAGCAUUUAGCCAAUUUGAUGAGAGUAUCGAGGUACGUAACGCCGAAGAAAUCAAGAGUCCUGUGAACACAGCUAUGUCGACAUUGAAACGAAGUCCAAAAAGUACCAGUAGCCACAGCUCACUGAAGAUUGGGGUUGGAAAUCUGCGAGGCAAUCUCAGUCCUCCACAACCUUCAAGAUAUUCGAACAAGCUUACGGACCACGUUGAACCGACAUCAUUUGGCAAGUCAAGCGCACUCAUGAAUGAUGUUUCCGAUAGUGAAGAGACGGAUGACGAUGAUAUACAAGGUGGAGUAACUAAAGGUUUCGAAACUUAUGACCCAAAGGAGUUCGAAGAUCUUCAUGUAUCAGCUGAAAUCAAAGAACUUUUCGAGAAUAUCAUAAGAUUCUCACCGCAGAAAAUCGACCUCGACUACAAACUCAUUCCAUUUGUGCCCGACUACAUUCCAGCGGUCGGUGAUAUUGACGCUUUUAUUAAAGUUCCGAAACCCGAUGGUACCGCUGAUAAAGUAGGGCUAGUCGUUCUGGAUGAGCCCUGCGCCAAUCAAUCGGAGCCGGCCGUUCUGCAUUUGCAGUUGCGAAGUUAUAGUAUAAGUUCUGGACCCGUCAAACAGGCAGUGAUCAAGCGGAUCGACGAUCCGGAAAAAAAUUCCAAGUCUAUUGAAAAGUGGAUCAACGAUAUGAACCAGUUGCACACAAAUAGGCACCCGCCGACAGUACGACUCUCGAAACCAACAGUUGACAUUGAUACGCUCAUGCAACAAUGGUCCGCAGAGGUAGACGAACGGUUGGAAAAUACUUCUGUUGAAUUGUCACAGCUAGAUUGUGACUUGCCCCGUCUCGUCGACAUCGCCUGUACCCUCGUCGAUAUUCCAGUCUACCCAGACGCUAGAAUGGAAGCGUUGCAUACGAUGUUCACCCUGUUUUUAGAAAUUAGAGAUCACCAAUAUUGAUCCUAUUGCAAUAGACAUU